UUGAGAUUUAUAUAUAUGUUGUGGAUAGAUAAACAUUGCCCAAAGAACCUGAAUGAUUUCACAUCACACAAGGAUCUUAGUGAGCUGUUAUUAAAGAUAGUUAAUAAAUCGCAUGGCGAAUUACCGCAUUUUUUGUUCUAUGGACCCUCAGGAUCGGGGAAAAAAUGCAGAAUACUAGCCACUCUACGCUCAGUAUUUGGAAAUAAGGUGGAUAAGCUUAAAACCGACGUCUUGUCAUAUAAGGACACUAGCGAGGUUGUUGUAAUCCAAAGUGAAGCGCACAUUCAAAUACCAUGUCAAGAAUUGGGAUCAAGAGAUAGGUACAUAGUGCAGGAUGUUAUACGAAGUUUAUCCUCAGCACCUUCUGCUUCAAACUUUUUUUCGAAAGGACCUUCUUAUAGAGCUUUUCUUUUCGAGGAUGCCGACACACUGAGCCAGGAGGCCCAAGCAGCUCUUCGUAGAACUAUGGAAACAUGUAUCAAAAAUGCAAGGAUGUUUUUACACGUCAGACAACUGUCAAGAAUAAUGGCCCCUCUAAGAAGCCGUUGUUUAUGUAUAAGGGUCAGAAGUCACACAAAUGAUGAGAUUGUCGGAAUUUUGAGAAAUAUCUGCAACUCAGAGGACAUCACACCAUCUCAAGCUAGUGAUCAGAUGCUAAGAAACAUCGCCGAAUCAAGUAAACGGAACUUGAGAAGAUCAAUAUUGAUACUGGAAACCAUAGCCAUGGGUGGCUUUACCCUGGAAACUAAGAACUUCAUGAUGCCUUGGGAAAAGAAUGUGACUCAAAUUGUACAAUCUGUUCUUUCAUCGCAAACUCCAUCAACACUCUCUGCUGUAAGACCACAGAUCUAUGACCUUUUGGUCUGUUGUAUACCCGGAGAUCUCAUUUUAGAGACUAUUGUCGACCAACUUGUAACUAAAGUGAAGCCUUCUCUGGUUCCAACUGUUUUCCACUUGGCGGCCCAUUUUUCCCAUACAAUGAAGCUUGGCUCAAAAGAUAUAUGGCACAUUGAGGCCUUCUUAGCCCAGACUAUGAGUCUCAUCGCUAAGACCAAAAGCUCUAAAAAUUAAUGUAAUAAUAUUUAUAAAUUCUUUCAAAA